UUUUUUUUUUUCUUGGUCAACAUGUUGUUCAACAAAUCCUUUCUUGUCUCUUCUGUCCUUUUGGUAAUUCUUUCUGUUGCCUUGGCUGCACCCAGACCUCCCACGGGCCAGACCGGCGCCAUCAUCAGCGAGAGCAAAUAUUGUUUAUUCCUCCCUCCUAUGUACAGAGGCGGCAUCGCCGAGAAUGAGGACAAGGCCGUAGCUUUCUGUAGCAAACCCAUGGCCGAGGCCCCUAAUGCCGGUAUUCUCCCCAAGGGAUUCGUCAAGUCACUGCAUUUGGUCUGUACCAGGCGUUAUGUCCAGAUCACUGGCCGUAUUGAUCGCUCCAAAUAUGGUCUGUCCCGUAAGGAUGCUGGUGGACAAUAUGAUAUCAAGGCCCCCGUUGGCGCUAAGUGUGCAGGUUACCCUUACUUUGUCGAGCUGGUCGAACCUGAUAUCCAAAUCUACUGCAUGCGCUGCUGUCGAAACAAGAGUGAUUGCCCCACUCACAAAUCUACCAAAGGAUGCAAGGCUGUCAUCUCUGGUGAUUAUUCUUAAAAAAAAAAAAAAAAAAAAA